AAAAGAGGCAUUUAAAAAGAAAACCAGCCAAUUGUUUCACUUGUUUCACUAAAAAAAGGAAGAAAAAAGAAAAGCCGCAACUUUCUAUUUACGUCUGCGCUCUGGUCAGCUUCUGAUUUCCACCGUUGAGAUUCAUCUAUAUCUCUAUUUUAUCAUUUGAUUCCAUCCUCCUUUCUUUCAUUGGCCCAAACUCAAACCCCCUCAAAUUAACUACUCAUAUACAUAUUUUUAUCCAAAUUGUUGCAGUUCAUAGGUCUGUUUCCUCUAGAUUUUCGAGCAUGUAUGAUGCUAACGGCUCCUCCGAUGCGAUUUCUCGAGAUAUGAACUCGUUGUUGUAUUCUUCUACGUUCAAGCAUCCUGCAGAUGGUGAGUUUGCGAAGAUUAAACAGCUGAUUUCGUUAGAUCCUUAUCCGAACUUCAAUCAGAAUCAAAAUCAGCCUCAAAAUCAUGAAAAUCAAGCUCAGAAUCAUCAGGAUGAGCUUCGUAACGAGAAUCGAAGCUCCUUGUUGCGUUAUCGGUCUACUCCGAGCUCGUUCUUCUCGAAUCUUCUUACUGAUAACGGAAACGAUGAGUUUUCAGAUCCAGUAACCGCUGUAACUGAUGUAACCGACUCCUCGAAAUACGAGCCGGAGGAGCGGUUUUUCAUGAGAAAUCAACAUCAACACCAGCAGCAUCAACAGCAGCAGCAAAAGGAAUCUGAAUCUGAUGUGAGAGAGUUUCUACAGUAUACACCGGAUUUGAAGCAGGAGCGGAAGGAAACGGCGGUUCAGAAGCAGGAUCUAGCGCCGCCGUCGACGGCGGCGAUGAACGGUGUACGGCGAGUGCCGAAUUUGCCGCCGUUGAACGGUGCCGGUGGUUAUGGUUAUGCGAAUCAAAGUAAUCUCGUUAGGCAGAAUAGCACUCCGGCUGGAUUUCUAUCGGCGUUGACUGUUGACAAUGGUUUUGCCGGCAUGAAAAAAGGCGCUUCAUCGAGUACCUCGAAUAACCAUAUCAGUUUCUCGUUAGGGCCGUCUUCUUCUUCAUCGAGAUUCUUGCCCCAAAUAGCUGAAAACGAGAAUGAAUUGCAAGAGUCGCCAUUCGGUAGCAUGAAAAGAAGCAGAGAUGGUGGUUUGAAGAUGCCACAGAAUGGAGAGACUGGAAACAAUGCUCCUAGUUUGGUUCAUCAUAUGAGCUUGCCAAAAACGUCUUCUGAGAUGGCUAAUGUUGAAAAUUUCUUUCACUUUCAACAAGAAUCCACGGUUCCAUGGAAAACACGUGCAAAAAGAGGAUUCGCCACACACCCACGAAGCAUUGCAGAGAGGGAGAGAAGAACUCGAAUCAGUGAAAGAAUCAAAAGGCUGCAAGAGCUUUUCCCUGAUAUCGACAAGCAAACUAAUACAGCAGAUAUGUUAGAUAUGGCUGUUGAGUACAUCAAAAACCUUCAAAAUGAACUGCAGAGUUUGAACGAUGCUCGAGCAAGGUGCAGGUGUUCAAGAGAGCAAUUACAAUCAGGUUCAAAUACAUGAUCGCCAGGUACUAACAGAAAACCGUCAAAUACUUGAUUGUUGUAUGCUAGUUAUCUUCUUGUAAAAUGUAAAUUAUUUAGUUUAUGUUAAUUAGAUAAGACUCUGUCCUUUGAAUUUAGAUCCAAUAUUUGGUUAACCCAAUGUGGAUCAAGAACUUUGUAAGGAAGUUUUUGUGAUAUAUUUUCUAGUGGGAUCUUGCUUGGGUGCCGGGUUGGACGGGUUGUUGCUUUCCCGGGCUUGGAUCUAAGCUGCAACAUGUUGAGAACCCAUUAUAACUUAUAAGGUGACCUGAGGCCGGGUCCCACAAACAUACGCUAACGGUCAAGUCAUUAAUGUUAUGCCUUAUGUAAUUAUUUGCAUGUAUAUAAGAAUGAGAGGGUAGAAGUAUAACAGAGGAAGAAGAUCCUUCAAGAAGGAUGGGAAGGAGGGUUGCCGCCUAUUCUUUAUAAAGGAGGUGGCGUAGGAUUCCGAUUGGAGCAGGCCCAAUGGGCUAAGCCUGCUCAGGCAUAAUGGGCCUAGGUCUAGACGUUGAGCCCAACCGGGAGAUACAUCAACAUGUUAGUUUCAUUUAUCUCUUCCAUUUUUGUAAAUGAGACAACCAAAUGAGAAUUACGAAAAUUGAUGGAUGGUGGUUGGUAACACGCAACACUCGAAAACUUCAUUAGAGUCCAUGAUAAUAUAACAUUAACCCAUGAAAUGUUCUAUUGCAAGAACAUUAACUAAUAUCAAAUGACAAAACAUGAAAACCUAGGAUCUAUGUAAGACUAAACGCCUUAAAUUUCAACACACUUAACAAACUUGUUUAUUCUCUUGGAUAUUCAUGAAUCAACAGUCGAGAGACUCAGAGGUCACUCGAUCGUCACUCUUUCUUCUUCACAAGUUCACCUGCAACCACAUCCACAACGUCAAACAAGCGUUUUGACUAGCAAAAUAAUCAUAUAUGCAUAUAUAUGUGUGUUUGUAUGCAUGUGAUGUAUUAAUUUGUUACAUGGUUCGAAAUUGACACUGCAUUUCUCGGGUAGUUGCAUGGCCAUGCUACGAUCGACACCAGAAAUUGGAGGGCCAUUGACCAAAACACACAAA